GUGGGCACAGCAGCUGAACUGAAGAAACAUUACUAUUAUAUAAGAGCAACAGUUGCUGCUUUUAUUGUGAAUGUGUUUUCAUUUCAGAUAAACAUGUCUGGACGACUUCAUGCUCGCAGAACAGACGGUGUGGAUAAAAAUGUUUGGGUUGAAUUCACACAGCUGGCUGCAGACUACAAAGCAGUGAACCUGGGACAGGGAUUUCCUGACUUUUCCCCUCCUCCGUUUAUCCAGGAGGCUUUUUGUAAAGCUGUGAGUGGAGGACCCUCGAUGCACCAGUAUACAAGAGCUUUUGGUCAUCCCCCUCUUGUGAAAAGUCUGGCUAAAUUCUUCAGCAGGAUCGUGGGACAUGAGAUUGAUCCUUUUGAAGACGUCCUGGUCACAGUUGGAGCUUAUCAGGCUCUCUUCUGUGCAUUUCAGGCUCUGGUUGAUGAAGACGAUGAGGUCAUAAUCAUCGAGCCGUUCUUUGACUGCUACCAGCCGAUGGUGACGAUGGCUGGAGGAAAGGCAGUGUACGUACCUCUGAGACCGAAGGUUGGAGGUGGCACUGUCCUGUCAAGUGGAGACUGGGUUCUCUCUGCUGAGGAGUUGGCCAGUAAAAUCACUCCACGUACUAAAGCCAUUGUCAUCAACACUCCCAACAACCCAUUAGGAAAGGUUUACAAGACUGAAGAGCUCCAAAUGAUCACUGACCUGUGCAUCAAACAUGAUAUGCUGUGCAUCAGUGACGAGGUGUACGAGUGGCUGACUUACGACGGAGCCAAGCAUGUAAAGAUAGCCAGCCUUCCUGGCAUGUGGGAACGAACCAUCACCGUUGGCAGUGCUGGAAAGACUUUCAGUGCUACUGGCUGGAAGGUUGGUUGGGCUAUUAGCUCUGGUCAAAUCAUCAAGCAUCUGAAAGCCAUGCAUCAGAGCUCUGUGUUCGACUGCGCAACUGCUGCUCAGGAGGCAGUAGCUCAUGGUUUUGAGAGAGAAUACGAGCUGUUCGGGACUCCAGAAAGCUACUUCCAGCAGCUGCCUGCGUUGUUGCACCACAAGAGGAAGAAGCUGGCCUCGUGUCUGGAGAGUGUGGGUUUGCAGCCCAUCAUGCCUGAGGGAGGAUAUUUCAUGAUCACAGACGUCUCCUCUGUCAAGGUGGAUCUCAGUGACCAGAGUACUACUGAUGAACCCUAUGACUUCAGAUUUGUUAAAUGGCUCGUUAAAGAGAAGGGUUUAGCAACAAUCCCUGUCUCUGCAUUCUACAGUCCAGAGCACAGAAAGGGAUUUGACAAAUACAUCCGAUUCUGUUUUGUCAAGGAGGACUCCACCUUGGAUGCAGCAGAGGACAUCUUGAGAAGAUGGAGCCAUGGAAAGUAAACUAGCCAAGGAUGUUGAGGACAUAGUCAUGUAUUAGCUGUUCAGUGAGAUUUAAACAGGCUAGUUAAACUAAUUUUUGAAAUAGUUGAUUAAAUUAAUUCUGUUUGUGUGUGUGCCCCCACAAACACCAGGAACUAUACAGUACCUUAGGUAACUUUUUUUUUAAUUGAAAAAAUCUUUGUAAAUGUUUCUGUGCAACGAUUUUGAGCAGAAAACUGCACAUGUAAUAUUUUUCAAUAUUCUGUUUCUCAGUAAUUACAGAGAUAUUUGUCUUGUAUCCAAAUAUCCGAAAGGUUUGAUAAAACUUGUGUGAGUGUUGCAGUCUUUAAACAUUAGAAUUUUUAGUCAAGAAAUGUUUUAUUUCUUAAUUGCUUUCACAAAAAAGAAGAGGAAGAAGAAGAAAGAUUUCAUAACAACAAACAAUCACAGUAAAUUAAACCAACUGUACCAC